GCCCACGUGUGCAUGCACCUUAAUCGCGAAAUCCCCGAUCUCGUCUGAAGGGGGCAUCGGUUUCCUGGUCUCUCUUUAAACAUUCCAUGCGUGGCUGUUGGUUCCUUCCCCUCGGGCCCCUCCCCUAGAACCCUUCUCUGCCUUCUGGCGCUCAUCCUCAUUUCAAACCUCGACUCCUGAAGGUCUCAGCCGCAGCCAUGGCCGUCCUCAAGGCAGCUCGUGUCCUGUCACUCCUUUGCGCCUUUUCUUCUAUCCCGUCCGCUCAGGGCGUGCCCCUUCUUGAGUCUGUCCUGGGCCCGAUCAAAGAUGCUGUCGGCGCCAUUGCGUCUGGCGCUGGCCUUGUCGAGGGUACCCUUGGAGCCGUGAAAGGCGUCCUCGGCGUGCAGCAAACCUUCGACUAUGUCGUCGUAGGCGGCGGUACUGCCGGCAAUGCCAUGGGCGUCCGGCUCGCCGAGGCUGGCUUCUCGGUCGCCAUCAUCGAGGCCGGCCUCUUCUACGAGCUGGGCAAGCCCGUCCUGGGCACGACGCCGACCGGUGCCUUCUUUGGCGUCGGUACCAACCCGCUCGACACCUUCCCGACUGUCGACUGGGGCUUCAUCACCGAGCCUCAGGCCGGUGCCAACGGGCGCCAGAUUCACUACGCCCAGGGCAGAUGUAUUGGCGGCACGUCGGCGCUCAACUUUAUGGUCCACCACCGCGCCCCCGCGGGAGCCUACGACAAGUGGGCUGACGCUGUUGGCGAUGACAGCUACAAGCUGUCCAACUGGCUGUCCUUCUUCAAGAAGAGCGUCACCUUUACCGGUCCCAACAAUGACGUGCGCUUUGCCAACGUCACCACUGCCUGGGACCCGAGCGCCUUUGCGGCCGCUGGCCAGGGCGGCCCUGUCCAGGUGACAUACACCAACUACGUGUCUGCCUUUGCGACGUGGCUCGAGCAGGCCUUCAACUCUCUCGGGUUCGCGCACAACACCGAGUUCAACAACGGCAAGCUGCUGGGGCAGUUCUACGCGCAGGCGACGAUCCGCAACAAGGACCAGACGCGCAGCUCGUCGGCGUCGUACGUCUACUCGGCCAUGUCGUCGUCGUCGCCGGCCAAGAACACGCUCAAGGUGUUCACGCAGACGCUGGCCCGGCAGGUGCUGUUUGACAGCAACAAGAAGGCGACGGGCGUCAAGGUCAGCCUGCUGGGGGCGCUGCCGACGUACACCAUCACGGCUCGCAAGGAGGUGAUUCUGUCGGCAGGCUCGUUCAAGUCGCCACAGCUGCUCAUGGUCUCUGGCGUCGGCCCUGCGGCCACGCUGGCCGAGCACGGCAUCCCCGUCGUCUCGCAGCUCGAGGGCGUCGGCCAGAACAUGUGGGACCAUAUCAUGUUUGGCCCGUCGUACGUCGUCAGCCUGCCCACGCUCGACCAGACGGUCAGCGACCCGGCCAUCCUCACAAAGGCCCUGCUCGACUACACCCUCAACGCCCGCGGGCCCCUGACCUCCAACGUCGCCGACCUGCUCGCCUGGGAGAAGCUGCCCGAGAAGUACCGCGCCCUGUGGACGGCCGCCACGCGCUCCGCGCUCGCCGAGUUCCCCGACGACUGGCCCGAGGUCGAGCACAUCUCGUCCAACGGGUACAUUGGCGACUUUGGCUGGCCGGCGGUCGAGCGCCCGCACGACGGCAAGAACUACGCGACCGACCUGGGCGCCAUGGUCGCGCCCCUGUCGCGCGGCAACGUCACCAUCACCUCGCGCGACACCCUCACCCAGCCCAAGAUCAACCCCAACUGGCUCACCCACCCGGCCGACCAGGAGCUCGCCGUCUCGUGGUACCGCCGCAUUCGCGAGGUCUGGGACACGCCCGCCAUGCGCUCCAUCCGCCCCGAGGGCGACAAGGAGUUCUUCCCGGGCCGCGAGUACCAGACCGACGCCCAGAUCCUCGACGUCAUCCGCGACUCCCUCGUCACCGUCUGGCACCCGGCCUGCACCAACAAGAUGGGCAAGUCCGACGAUCCCAUGGCCGUCGUUGACAGCCGCGCCCGCGUCUACGGCGUCUCGGGCCUGCGCGUCGUCGACGCCAGCGCGUUUCCCAUCCUUCCCCCCGGUCACCCCCAGACCACCAUCUAUGCCCUCGCCGAGAAGAUUGCUGCCGACAUCAUCAGCGGCUCGGCUUAGACAAGUGAGGUGUUGUGUCGUGUUGUGUUGUGUGGUGGGGCGUGUGUGUGUAUGUUAUACAUAUAUACGCACUCGCCUGCAUUCUUUUGACAAAGCUUGUCUUUCUUUUUAAUCUUACACUUUUAGCUAUCUACACGGCUACUUCUUCAUAACGUUAAUGGGACAUGAUGAUGGGCAUGUCAGACUCUAGUUCAGAACUUAUAUGCGUUU